AUGCGAUCGGAGUCCUUCGCAGCUGCCGCAGCUUCGGAUCUAUCGGACACGUUCCGGAGAAGUUCCGUGAAAACGAUGCGCGGCAUUCUCCACUCUUCGCCGGGCUUCGGGGAGGGUCUCGUCGUCGCGCGAAUGACGCGGAUACGGUUCGGCCCGCUCGUCGUCGCGGUUCUACUGUCGCUCUCGGCACGAGCCGCGGCGUCGGAGACCGCGCCUGCUCAGACGCGGAUCGACCUCGUCGGCGUCCCGAGGGGACUCGCGGACAUCGGAUCCGCCGCCUGCGACGACGCGCGCUCGUUCUGCCGCACGGCCGUGCUGCGGGCGCUGGGCGAGGACGAGAAGUUGACGCGGUUCCUCGACAACGUGCGCGAGCUGGCGAGGCGGGCGAGCACGCCGGGGAGCGCGGACGGCUACGCGGUCGCAGUCCCCGAUCCGUCAUCGCUCAAACUCCCCGAGUUGCUCGCGCUGGGAUGCUGCCUCUCGGCGGGCGACUGCGCGGACGAGAUAACGUCCUCUCUCCCGCCCGACGCCGACGCCGACGCUAGGAUCGAUGCAUCGAUAUCAGCCGCGGCCGCCGCCGCCGAGAUCCUCGCCCUGGCGGCUUCGCACCCGGACGCGGCGAGGACGCCGGCGGCGGGCGCGACGAUGAUGCUCGCCGCCGACGCCGUCGCGUGCUCGCCCCCGGGAGCCACGCGGCGGUGCGACGACUCCAUCGUGGACGCGUUCCGCCGCGCGGGUAGGGCGGGUGCGAACGAGGGAGCGCUGCGGGCGGCCGAGGUGCUCAUUGCGCGGUACGCGGGGGGCUUGGUCGAGCGGCGGGGACGGUGCGAGGAUGGCGGGGACGGGUCGAUCGGCGGGGACGGUGACAGAUCCGGCGACCCCGCGGACGCCGCGGUGGCGAGGGCCCUGCUCAAGGGCCUGCUCGCCACGACGCUCGACGGCGCCGCGGCGAAGGGGCUGAAGGAGCUUCAGAGGGUGGAGGAGAUGCGCGUCGCGGGCGGGGAGCACGACGCCGCCUACGAAGUCGCGGACGCGCUCGUGAACUCGGCGGCGAAGCUCUUGGUUUUUUUGGUGCUCGUCGCCGCGCCGCUGGGGCUCUCGUCGUCGCUUCGGGAGAGGGCGUGGAGGUGGAGCGGGUGCGCGGCGUUCGCGCGGCAGUUCAGGCGCGAGAUGGAGUGGCUCGGGGUGGUGGAGCACAGGCGGGUGAACGGCGGGCGGCAGGCGCGGCGUUUCGAGGGGCAAAAGGUCACGAAGAAGAAGAAGAAUUGA